AUGCGGCAGAAUCUCCUCUUCACAUCCCUCCUGUCGACACUGCUCGCCGUGGCCCCGACGACGACGUACGCACUCCCAGGAUUCUUCCCAGACGCGGCAGCAGCAGCUUCGUCGUCAGCAUCAGAACAGCACCUCUCACAAGAACUGAGACGCUCCGCCCACGCAGCCAGAAUGGCCAGCGCAGACCGCUCCGCCCGCUGGCGACCCCAGAUUCACUUCUCACCGCCCGCCAACUGGCUCAACGACCCCAACGGUCUCUUCAUCGACUCUGACGGCGUUUGGCACAUGUACUACCAGUAUGCCGAUAACGUGCCCGGAUCCGGCGUGAAGCACUGGGGCCACGCGACGGCCACCGACUUCUACAACUGGGUGGACCACCCGGUCGCCAUCCCGGCCACCGCCCGCGACGGCUCCAUCUGGUCCGGCAGCGUCGUCGUCGACAAGGACAACGUCUCCGGCUUCUUCCCGUCCAACAAGACCAGCGGCAAGGACAACAUCAUCGCCUACUACACCUCGUGGGAGCCCGACCAGGAGUCCCAGCACCUGGCCUGGUCCUACGACGGCGGCGAGUCCUUCAACCAGUACGAGAACAACCCCAUCAUCUCGCUCGACCGCCACGGCUUCCGCGACCCCAAGAUCUCGUUCCACCACGAGUCCAAAACCUGGGCCAUGGUCCUCUCCAUGGAAAACCAGGUCGCCUUCUACACCUCCACCGACCUCGUCCGCUGGACACAGGUCUCCAUCUGGAACCCCGGCCAGAACAUCGGCCUCAUCGAGUGCCCCCAGUUCCUCCAGAUCCCCACAAAGGACAAGUCCGGCAACACCGUCGGCUCCAAGUGGGUCCUCACCCUCAGCCUCGGCGGCGGCUCCCCCACCGGCGGCGCCGAGGUCAAGUACCUCACCGGCUCCUGGGACGGCACCACCUUCACCCCCGACGCCCCUAUCUCCCGCCGCGGCGUCCACCCGCGUCAAGACACCUCCUACGCCAUCCACGACUUCGACUUCGGCCCGGACAACUACGCCACCGCCUUCUUCCACUUCCAGGACCUCGACGACGCGAACCGCGACGCCUACUCCAUCACCUGGGCCGUCGACGCCACCUCCUACGGCUGCUGCACCCCGACCGACCCCGAGGGCUGGCGCCACUGCAUGGGCGGCAUCCGGCGCCACUGGCUCGACGCCGCGACCAACAGACUCGUCUCCCUCCCCGCCGGCGACCUCUCCGCCCUCGCCAGCACCACCCCCGGCUGGAACCCCAUCCUCGACGAGUCCGACGUCGCCGGCAUCGAGGGCUCCUCCUCCGUCAUCCGCGACUUCAACCCCGCCGUCGAGUGGUCCCUCACCGUCCGCAUGCCCAAGUCCCUCCUCCAGCAACAGGGCUCCACCGCCUCCGCCGAACUCACGUUCCAAGCCUCCCAAUCCGCCGCCGGAACGGAGAAAGUCUCCCUCGCGUUCCAAUUCACAGGCGCCGCCGACGCAGACGGCCUCCCCUCCGCGACCCUCAACAUCGCCCGCGCCAGCAACGCCUGGGACCGCGCGGGUACAUUCGGCGUCUCGGACGUACAAGCCCUCGAAUCCUCCCCUUCUUCAUCCUCCUCCAACUCGAGUGUCGAAUUCACACUGCACGGGAUCAUCGACCGCUCCGUCCUCGAGGUCUACGUCAACGGCGGCGUCGAGGCCGGCACCAUGCUCUACUUCACCGAGAACCCGCUCGACAGCAUCCUCCUCGCCCGCGGCGGCGACGGCGCGCAGGGCAUCACCUUCGACUUCAAGGCCACGGCGCUCCGGAGCUCGUGGGGCUCGUACGAGGAGAAGGCCGCGGCGGGGGCACAGGACAAGUGGGUUACGGAGGAGUUGUAA